GUUUGUUUGUGUUGGUUCGUGCAUGGCUCGUGCUAGCCUCUCUCUUCUGCGAGUGAAUAUAAAACCGAGUGACCAUGAGCAUGUCUUGCCAGAAGUUUGAAAGAACUGUAAAAAGGAGUGUUUCUUAGAAUGAAGAAAAUGGUCUUCGCCUUCAGACGUGAAACGUUCGAGGCCAGUGAUUGUGAGAAGCCUUUGACAAGACUGACGUAUUGAGAGAAGUCUAAUGAUUGACUCCCUGGUCUAAUGACCCAUUUAUGGUGGGUACACAUGUGCCCCUUGUUACUCGAGACACCAUACACGUAGAUACCGCAGGUCCUUUCAGUCUGCAGACUGUGCGCCGGUAGCUUGCCAACAACACUGUAGAGCUUGUGGUGACUGCUAAUCUAUUUUACAAAGACCAAAAUCCCACUGUUAGGCCAGGCCGACUGUACCCCCUGCAUAAAGCCGGUAGUGAAGAACUGGUUGUGAACAUUCACCGGCUCCAAACAUGUACAUGUACAUGGUUAGCCGGUAGUCACGGCGUUGCAUUCAUUAAUUAACAAUGUGGAGAAAUAAUGGUGUUUUGACACGUACAACAGUCUAGCUACAAGACCACUCUACAACUUGGUUUCUCAGGACACCAAGCUAAGUUAUCAAUUUCUUCAAAGGACCAGGAUUUGAUGCUCUAGAAUAUCCAAGUUCUGAUGUCGUGUUGGAGUUAGCACGCCAGCUGUUCAGUGCCGGACUUUAGACCGGCCACCGCGCACUGCCGUUAUUUUCGUGGGGGGAACAAUGUCCUAUCGACCCAUGAGAAGUCGUAGCAGUGGCGCCAGCGGGAUGAUCGUUCCGGAGUACAAGAUAGCACUGCUGGGCAGUUUAGGGGUCGGCAAAUCAGCUUUGACAGUCAAGUUCAUCACCAGACGGUUUAUAAAUGAGUAUGAUCCAACAUUAGAGGACACAUACUCGAAGGAAGAUGUCAUUGAUAACCAGACGAUGCUAGUUCGUCUGAUGGACACUGCACACGGGGAUGCAGAGAACCUUGAGCGUUAUAUUCAAUGGGCCGAUGGCCUAGUGGUCGUGUACAGCAUUACCAGUAAACACAGCUUCAACUAUGCCAAGAAUCUCCUUCAAGAGGUCUCCGAGUUACAGAAGACGAGGGAUACCCAUGAGGCACCUGUUGUGCUCGUGGGAAACAAGAACGAGAUGGAAAGAUACAGGCAAGUUAGCAAGCUGGACGGUAGCUCACUAGCCACGCAGUACGCAUGCUCAUACCACGAAGUCUCGGCCGCUGGCGAAUUCGAGGAUGUGGAAAAUGUCUUUCACGAGACUGUGCGCGAGAUUCGGCGAGAAGCUGAACGACACAUGCCCCUUAAGCCGCUGUUUAUUAGCGAAGAGAAGACUGUCCCAGCCUCGCCGCCCUCAUCGAGGAAAGACCGCGAUCGUGCAAAAUCUCCGCAGCCUAAGGCGCCCAGAGUACUGCAAAAGAGAACAGUGUCUAGCUUCAAGUUCUUCAACAAAGGAUUCAAAAUAUUUUGAGGAAGGAAUCGGUCGUCUUGGUGAUUUUACCUUGAUUUUAAUUUAGACUUGAUAUCGACAGCCUUCAUUCACUAAGGUCAUGUGAUCGCUUGACCUCCAUUUGGUCUACCCAUGGUCUACCACUGAGCUUUUCCAAUUGUGAAAUAUCAAGAAAUAGCCCUUGGAUAUUAGUUCUCGCCCGUGACACAGGUGGAAGGCAUUGUGAUCUAACGGUAUUCAGCGUGAACUCCCAAGGCUGAUCUCGGUCUACAGUGACCAUCGUGGAUUUCACCUCGGCAAAACGGCUUCAAUGAAAAUCAGGUGACUUGAACAGGUAUUCAACACCUGAUGUUUGUUCAUUGUGCCAACCUGGUGACCCGAUACUGACAGGUGUCAAUAAAUGCCUGUGGAUAUCACGUGGCACUAGCAGGUGGCGAUCACCCGUGAUUGAUUAAUAUUGUCCAACCUUGUGACCCGAUAUGACAUGUGUCAACCAGGUCAAUUACCUUCCUCCACCACCUGGGAUAAACACCUUGCACUUUCAAGGGAAUGUGAUAACUUUUUUAGAAUAUAAAUUGUUGGGUCUUUAAAUAGAUCCAUCAAUAAUUCCCAAAAUGUCUUUUACAUUUUGUUAUACCCUUCGGGUUUUAGGGAUCCUAACAAUAGGGGACCAUCCUUUUGCUUUACAAUGUCUGUAAGUAGUUU